GUGGGAGGGGCACAUGUGCGGAUCUCUACCACGCAAGACCAUAAACAUCGUCAGAUGACAAACCGGGAUCGCCGUCGACUUGCAGCUCACGGCAGAGGUCGUCGGCCGUACGACAUGUCGACCACGAUCCUCCAGUUGAGAUGGCCGUCAAAGUCAACGCUUUUCCGGUAAGGCCUGUGCGAGAGUCCGUUCUGGCGAAGGUGUUCUCCAAGCCUGGAACGAAGUCAUCGAACAAAGGCGCACCCGCGGUGGUUGUCGUCGAGACGAACCCUGUGAGCGUUGUAUCGCGUCGGAGCAGCUUGCAUCACUAUUCUACUAGACUAGCGAACUUGUUGUCAGACUUUGUAGCUUACGCCGACCAGUCCGAGGAGUUAUUCUUCGAUAUACCAAGGGCAAUUUCAAUGCGUGCAAAGCGACAUCUAGAUCCGGAGAAUCAGGAUGCAAGAACAUUCAGUCAACUUGCCAACAACAACGGGAGGAGGGGAAUAGCUGCAUCGAUCGAAGCAGCGUUAGAAUGUACAACAGGCACAAGACAAGCUGCGCCACGAUCGCCUUCCUCGACUUUGAGCUCCAUGUUGUCACACAGUCCAGUACAAUGAGGAGGUCUGGCGGCGCUGUCCUACGAGGAGCUCCCCCGCCCGCUACACAACC